GAAACUAUCGUUUGUAAAACUUUAACGCGCAAUUAUAAGUACUUAGAUGACCGGUGGAAUACAUAACGCUUCUUUUGUUUCGUAAAUUUCGAGUGUUGAUGGUGGCCGCGCCUUCUGCAACAAUACCGUUUCUUUUUCAUUUUCGCAACGAGAAUCCCACGCACAUACGCUGGCACAAACUCCAAAGUGCAAAUGUGACAUAGGCAAGAUGAACCUUGAGGAAUACUUCAAAAGAAUCGGGUUCCAGGGCCCGCAUGACAAAGCGGACCUCAACACGCUGAAGUUGAUCCACAAGCUGCACAUUAUGUCCAUCCCCUUUGAAAACCUCGACAUGCACUGUGGCAGAAGAAUCGUCAUGGACAUAGAAGUCAUCUUCGACAAGAUAGUUCGUCAGGGCCGUGGUGGCUGGUGUAUGGAGAAUAACUUGCUGCUGUACUGGGUGCUGAGAGAAAUGGGCUACAACGUCAUCGUGUUGGCCGCCAGGGUGUUCCAACGCUCCAUCUGUGACUUUUCCCCCUUGGAAGGUCACCUCAUUAACAAGGUGGUGAUUGACGGGAAGCCCUACAUCGAAGACGUCAGCUUCGGGAUGUCCUCACAACUGUGGGAGCCGCUGGAGCUUGUCUCUGGGAAGGAGCAAGUCCAGGUACCUGGAACCUUCCGUCUCAUUGAUAAAGGAGACUUCUGGAUUCUGGAGAAGACAGACAGGAAGCCGGAGAUUGUCAAUCCUGAGUUUGCCAAUUCCAAUCUGGUGAAUAGGCAGUUGAUUAGGAACUUGUACUGCUUCACUCUGACGCCACGCGACGCCGGAUAUUUUAUAGAUGCCGCUUACAGUCUCCAGACGAACCCCGCCUCGCUGUUCUUCAACAAGUCCAUCUGCUCGCUGCAAACGCCAGCUGGCUUCAGGGCUCUGAUUGGAUGGACCUACAGUGAAGUCACUUUCCAGGUUAACCGGGGCGUGGAUGUCUAUUAUAUGAGGGACGUGCCCAGUCAGGAGAUAGAGAGCCUUUUGAAAAACAAGUUAAACAUCCGUUUGCCGAACAAACUACAGCCUGUGAACAACCAAUACGAGUGCACACUCUAAAGCAGUGGUUCUCAAAAUGGUGUCGUAAACUCCAGGGGUCCGUGAGCCGUAAUUUGGGGGUCUGCAAAAUCAACAAAUUUUAUUGGAACAUUUUAAGAAAUGCCUCCCUACAAAUUAUAACAUGCGCGUCACUAAAACUAUAAUGUGAAAAGCAAAUUUAGCAAACAAACUACAGAAGAAAUGUAUAUUUCUUUAAAACUAAUCUUGAGAACUGGCUUGAUUUUCACCUGCAGUGAGUGAGUACAUUAAUCGUUUUAGUAUUAUCUAUAUCAUUAUUGAAGGCUGAAGUCUGACAAUUGUUUAAAUAUAUAGCGGAAAAUAAAUCACAAAUGUGACACAAAACUUUCUUAAAGGUUGAAAGUUGCCAUUUGAAAUUACUUUACAUUAGAUUUGCAUCGUGUCUGUGUUUUGUCGACAAAUUUAAACAACAGAAUUAACAUCCUCUGGGAUUGGUGAUUCCAUAGUUUUUUCCUGAUGUGAAUUGCAUAUUUUUGAUUGGAAAAUAUGUAUUUUGAAACAAAUACUUGAUUGUUUAUUUGCUGUGAUUACUUUAAAAAGUAUAUUAAAGGCUUGGAAUAUG